AUGGCGAGGAAAACCAGCGCCUUGUUGCGACCUUCCGCCCUUGAACUGCGAGUCUCUGAGUUGGACACCUUGAAUAUCAGCGUAGUGGCUGCAGUCUUUGCGCACGCGGGUCGUCCCUUCGUGUACGAGGCUUGGCAAGAGAGUUUCUUCCCUUCUCCACUCGCAGUUCCGAGCUUGACGCUUCAACCAGUGCGAACACAAUCAAGCUCACUGACCUCGCCACAACCUAGCAGCGCAAAUCGCAGAGUUUCUAGAACGCAGACCCGUAGCAGAAUGCUAUCUUCCCAGAUGGUGCAGCGGCUUGCGGAACGAGAGCGGGCGAAUAUGCUUCGAGCAUUGCGUAGAGUCUUCUACUACGACCGCGCAGAAGAAGACCAAAUUUUGGAACAAGAGCGGGCACUUAAGCGUCGAGCAUUGCGUAGAGUCUUCCACUACGACCGCGAAGAAGAGCUGCGCCUCAGACAAGAAGAUGCUGGCGAGAAGGUCUCCGAAACUGACGAGGAGGACUCUGAUGCUGAUUCAGAGACUGAUGAUCGAAGUGGUGCCGGAGAUGACGAUGGCGAGGAUGGCCAUGUCGAGGAUGAUGUCGGCGUGGAGGACUUCGACGUUGCACCCGCGAUCGAUGAUUCAGACGAUAGURAUGAGGACAUUUACGAGAAUUCGGUGGAGACGCAGUGCUCUCACCCUCGUGAGAACCCGCACAGCACCUUGAGCUGCGACUCUGCUGCGCUCCGCUCCUCCGCUCCUACGCCAGUCCACGUCUCCAAGUCCUCCGCUUCGCAGCCUACGAUGCCUCAGCACGCGAUCACCACCACUUCGUCUGCUCUCCAGGGGCACUCGGCCCUGGAUAUGGUCAAUACAACAGUUGCCACCCGCACUCCUCAAAACAAGCGCAAGAGAGCUGCUCAUACCACUCCCGAAAGCGCAACAGCUGGUCGUCGAGCCAAUCUCGCCGGCCGCGCCUGGCUUUGA